UAAAAGCACAUUGAUAGAGGGACUGUCGCUGGCCUUUCGUAACGUGGACGGUGAAGCAACGAGGGCGAAAUGUCGGGGUUUGAUACAGAGGAGCUGGAGCUCCUGACGCCCUCUGUGACGAAUCAGCUUCAGGCGUUCAACAACCAGGUGGUGUCUCACCUGAAGAGCUACAAGCCGGAGGUGGCGCGCAUCUAUGCCCGCAUCGACGACCUGGGCGCCGCGGACGUGCGGCUGGAGGGGCAGAUACAGGCCGUGCAGGCUGACGUGGCUGCGCACUACGACCAGAACGUGUCUGCCUACGGCGGCCUGGGCGAGCGGCUGGCCAAGGUGGAGCAGCUGUUGGGGGCACUGCCGGCCUGGAAGGAGGACCUGCUGAUGCGCAUUGACGGCCUGGGUCGGGAGACACGCGCCAAGCACGAGGCGGCCGCAUCCCGCAUGACCGUCCUGGAGGGAGGGCACGAGGCGCACGUGCAGGGCACUCGUGAGCGGCUGGACAUGCUGACCUCGGUGGCCAAGACCGCCAGCGAGGCGCGCGCGCAGCAGCAGGAGCGCAUCGACGAGCUGGACGCGGCGCUGCGGCGGCACCGGGACGCAACGGAGGCGGCGCUGGCGGACGGCAGGGUGCACCGCCGCCGGCUGGACGAGGAGGUGCUGCUGGCUCGCGGCAAGGCGGCCGAGCACACGGCCGGGCUGGCGGAGCAGCAGCUGGCGCUGGCGCGGCUGCGGGAGGGCGCGGCGCACGCCGCCGGCCGCAGCGGUCCGGCCGCCGCGGCGGAGAUGCCGCUCAGCAAGCGUCUGAGCUCACUGGAGUUGGCGUUGGCCACCAUGGACGAGCGCGGGCGCGCGCUGGAGGAGCGCUGGGCGGCGCAGGAGGCGCGGUGGGGCGGCGCGCUGGCGGAGGCGCAGGCCGCCCUGCCGCGCCUGCAGAACACAGUCACACAGCUGGCGCGCGAGACGGCGGCGGUGCGCAGUGGCGGCGGCGGCGGCGGCGGCGGUUGGGGCGGCGGGUACGGCGCCACGGACGAUGACGGCGUGCCGCUUCGCGGCGGCGGCGGCGGCGGCGCCGGCAGUGCGGGUGGCGGCGCCGCCAGCGGGAGAGGCGGCGGCGGCGGCGGCGGCGGGGGCGGGGGUGGGUUUGGGGGUCCCGGCAUGGCUGAGGUGGUGAAUGUGGAGCUGGCGGGCAUUGCGCACGACCUGGCGUUGGCGGCGCACGAGGAGCUAAGGAGGACGCGUGACGGGCCCCUGCCGGACGGCACCCAGGACGGCCUGGCCACGCCCGCCGCCACCGCCGCGCGCGAGGCGGCUCUGGCCCGCCUGCGCCGCAAGCCGCGGGAGGUGGCGGCUCACGUGGAGCUGCUGGAGGGGGUCAAGAUGCACCUGGACAGGCUGGUCCGGCGCCACACCUCCUGCACGGUGGACCGGCUGGUGCUGCUGUGCGCCAUGGGCGGCAUGCGGCUGAAGCUGCUGGAGAACGAGGCGGAGGGCUUCCGGGAGCAGAUCGUGGCCGUGUUCAGGAGCCUGGAGAGGGCGUUCCAGGCUCUGGUGCAGCUGCAGGACGAUGGUGGCGGGCAAGGGCAGUGCGGCGGCGGUCAGCCAGCUGGCGCUCAUGCUGCAGGACGUGUCGGGGGGGCUUUCGCCCGCGGCCGCCGAGCCAACUCGCAGGGCAGCAGCGACCUGGGCGGCGGCGGCGGCGGUGCGCCGCAGUCGCCCCUGACGCUGCUGCAGGCGCCCGGCUCUCCCGGCGCCGCGCCCUCCACACCCAGCGGCGGCGGCGGCGGCAUCAUUGGCAUUGGCGGCGGCGGCAUUGCGCAGACGCCGGAGGAGAUGUUGGCGGCGAUGCUGGCGGCGGCGGCGGCAGGAGGAGGUGGGGGUGGAGGGGGUGGAGGGCGCGCGACGUCGCCGCCCGCGGCGGGCCGGCCGGCGUCACCGAGCCGCAUCGCGGGCCCGGGUGUGAACACCGCCCUGCACCGGCAGCAGGCGGCGGCGGCGCGUGGGCGGCGCAUGUCGGCGGGGCCGAGCGGGCCGCAGCCGCAGCAGCAGCAGCAGCCGCAACAACAACAGCAGCAGCCGUCGGCGUGGCCCCCGCCAAAGCCCUCGGCUGCGUCGGUGCCCGCCUCACCCGCCGCCUACAACCCAGCCGCCGCCGGAGCGGGCCCCGCCGCCAGCGCAGCACCGGGAGCAGGUGGCGGUGGCGGCGGCGGCCGGGCGGGGGCAUCCGACCUGGCCUGGGUCAACGGCGAUGCAACAGCAGGCGGCGGCGGCGGCGGCGGCGGCGGCGGCGGCGGCGGCGGGGGCGGGGGUGGGUUUGGGGGUCCGGGGGCGCACGGCGGCCGAGUGUGGUCGGCACGGCGGCCGGGCAGUGCCGUGGCACAUGGGCUGCACAUGGGUGUGGGUGUGGGUGUGGGGUCGCCGGCAGGUGGCGGCGGCGGCGGUGCGGCCAGCCGGCUCGGCGGCGCGGGCGGGCAAGGCCAGGGGCAGGGGCUGGGGCUUGGGUUUGUGCCCAACGGCACGGUGGCGGGUGGCGGUAACGCCAGCAAUUUGCCGUACAUUGGUGGCGGCGGCGGCGGCGGCAACGGCCGUGUGCCCAGUGCGCGCCCCAUGCCAGGCGGCGGGGGGCCGUACGGGUACGGGUAGGGUUUCGACGUGGCGGCUGCCGAGUGGGCGGGGCGCUGGGGGUUCGCGCAGUUCAAAGCGUUUGUGGGGGCUUUGAACUUGCGUGGGAUCGGCUGUUUGUUGUUUUGUUUUGACUACACAGCUUCCGGACAGGAGGCAAGCAUACGGUACCAAUUGUGUACUGCGGGCGGUGGGGUGCUGCGUAACGGCGCAGCACGUACGUGCGCUAUUCAUGUCAUUACGGGGGUGCAUUUUGCUGCGUAGCUCGCAAUAGCGAGUCGGCCAGAGCUGAGAGGGGCAAGGAGAGGGGGGCCGUUCAGGUGAAUGUACAAGUCCACGGGGUGCAAUAAGCUACAACGCCGCUUGGAAAAAGGGAAGCGAUCCCAAGCUUGUGCGCAUUGGGUAUGAGCAGGCGAACGUUGAUGGCCGGAGGGCAAUCGGGGGGCAGAGGGCGACCGGGGGUUUGGGGGGGGGGGGCGCGGCGGAAGGGCGGGGGCGACACGGCAUACGGCGACGCCAUGCAUUCCCGCAAGACCCUUGCGAGAGAUAUAAAUUGCUCGCUGUGCCAUGGCCCAUGGGGCAGAGGCUCGUGGUCCGGCCGUGUUAGCUGCUAGCCCGGUAAAACCGUCCUGUGAACUUGCCUGUAAUUGCUGGCGUCC